AUGCUAAUCACUGAUUAUACUCUGAUACUGAUCCAACGAUUGCCUUUGCUAUUUCUCAUUUCUACUAGCCAUUGCAAUUUUUAUACUACUGCAAUACCACUGCGUGCUAACGAGCCUUGGUCAGUGAUUUUAUGCAAAUUCGCUGAUACGGCGAGAUAUGAGCCACAAAGACGAGAAUGGUAUCAGAACUGGAUGACUGGUUCCGGCUCAGAUACGAUUGCAAAGUAUUUCAUGAAUGUAUCGAAUGGAAUUUAUACUAUAGCAGAUACAAAAGUAUUCGGCUGGGUGACACUCCCGUGGACAGUAAAGCAAGUGAGGUUAAUGGCUCUAGCGGAUAAAGCUUUCUGGAAUAACGACAACUUCAAUUCAUCUUUUUUUAUUAAAGCGAAACAAUUAUGUGUCAAAUUGGCUGCACGAAAGACACAAUUAAACAAAAAAAAGAUAACGAUACUAAACACGGAGCAUGGAGCAAUGUAUGGCAAUGAGGAUGGUGUCCUGAUCACACCGCGAUUAUCAUUUAACUCGGUGCUUACCCAUGAAAUGGUGCAUAGUUUUCAUAUUGGGCAUUCAUAUAGCGAUCGUAAAAUUGCCAUCUUUCCAUUUGCACACAUGGGUGAAUACGGUGAUCGCUAUGAUUUGAUGAGUACGUCGAAUGCUUGGAUGUAUAAGUCGCAAUAUGGCCUUAGUGGACCAGGCUUAAAUGGACCACAUCUUGAUUAUCUUGGUUGGCUACCCAGUAAUCGGAUUCUUUAUUUUGGAAGAGAUGGAAAAAGCAGCUCAAUUAUACGAUUGUCAUCAUUAAGUAUCUCUCAUGCACAAUCCAACGAUUGGCUUCUAGUGAUGCUCCCAUUUGAUAAAAACGAUCCUGCUAAUGUCUUCACCUUGGAAUUUCGAACUCCAAUUAAUUAUGAUUCUGGCAUCAAACAGGAAGCGGUUGUAAUACAUAAAAUUGACCGAAAAGGAACAACCUACUAUUCAACCAUAAUUACACACAGUAAAGAUUAUGAUGAAAUGAUGGUUGGCACUGAAUGGGUACAUUUCCUUGAACAAGACAGUCCUGAAGUUUACCCAGUCAUUAAAGUACGUGUUGAGAGAAUUGACAAACAGCGACAAGUAGCCGUUCUACAAAUCAACUCAACAUUCAAUCCAAUAAAACCUAACAAAAUAUCGUGUAGAAGUACAAGAAAACAGAGGCAUCUAAAAGAUGAAAUGAAUUCUAGUCAUAUUCAAAAUGAAGGAGAGACUGUUAGGAUUUUACCACCUGAACAAAAUGGAUUUUUUAAAGAUUUGGUAACUUUUGGUAUGAAUGCUUGCAAUAACGGAUACGUCUGGAGAAUGAUUGAUCCUUAUGACUAUGCUUGUGUUACAAAAAAUAGGCAACAGGAAAUUCGAUAUCAGAGAAAAGUCGGAAACCCCAGUGGCAUCUGUCGUAAACCAUUAAUGUUACGAAAAGCUUUCCCCAGUGAUACUGCUUGUGUGACACAGACAGAAUUCGUAAUAAUACAGAAAGAGAAUGCAGAGAUGCAUAAAAAUAUGAAGUAUCAUUCAUUUUUUAAUGGAGAAGAAACGGUUGUUCCAUGA